CGCUCCUCUUCCUUUCGAUCCCUCUCCGGCUCUCCGCCUCGCCUCGAACCAAACCGCCCUCCCCAAUCCUAGCCUCUCGAACCUUCCAGAGCCCGCGUGCUCGACCUCGCCCGCAAUGGCGUCCUCCUCCUCCUCCUCCUCAGGCGAGGGGCCCUCCACUUCGGGUUCGGGUGGUGGCCGCCGCGCGCAGUACUGGGACUUCGUGCACGCGGUCGUGAUCUACAAGGAAGACAAUGACCAGGUGCUCCAGAAGCUCCUCACCGCGGUGAUGAAUCUCGACAUCGUCGCCGCGAAGAAGUCCGCGGAGAAGCUGAGGGAGAUGGGGACGGGCCUGGACGCGGCGGUGCAGGCCGUCGCCGACCCCAAGAACAAGCGCCACGGGCCGCUCCACGUCGCCGCGGGGACCAAGUAUCUGGAGAUGUGCAAGAUGCUAGUCAAGAAGUACAACUGCAACCCAAACGCGGCCGGUGCUGAUGGUGAAACACCUCUGUUUUUUGCAAUACUAGGUCAGGGAUCUCAGGCUAUUGUAGAGUAUCUUAUCACCAUUGGUGCUGAUCCAAAUAAAGCAAACAAUCGUGGGAUUACUCCACUCCACCUCGCAGCAGGAGAAGGUCACUGUGAAAUAGCAGAGUAUUUGUUGUCCAAAGGAGCUAAUGUUGAUCCCAUAUGUCAAGAUGGCGAAGCACCACUACAUAUUGCUGCUCGCCGUGGAAAUUUAAGAAUGGUGAAAAUAUUGUUGGAGCAUCAAGCAGAUUGUAACAGACUUUCGGGUAAACUCCACACACCACUGGUGGCGUCCCUCUUUGGUUCUUCAUUGGAAUGCUUGGAGAGAAUUAUUGAGGCUGGCGCUGCUGUCAAUACUGAUAGUCCUGUAACUCCAUUAUCAGUAGCUGCUCGUAAAGGCUUAGCUGACUGCAUCAAAUGUUUGUUGAAUAGGGGUGCUGAUCCUAAUGAGCCUGAUGAAGAUGGUAAAUUGCCACUAGAAGUUGCUGCAUCCAUAGGAUGGUUGGCAGGCAUUCAGAUUCUCUUGCCUGUAACAAACCCUUUGGAAAAAUUUGAAAACCUGAGCAUUGCUGAAAUGAUUAAACAAGAAGGAAUGGCACGCCAACAGGAAGCACUUACGGCUGUUGCAGAUGGAGAUGUUGCAUACUGGGAGAAGAAUUAUGCUGAUGCAUUGAGAUGCUACACCAAAGCAUUGAGGCUUGGCCAUGGUGAUCCAGCCUUGUAUGCAAAGAGGAGCCUUUGCCAUCUGAGGAAUUAUGAUCAGCAUAGAUUUUUGGACGAUGCGUAUUCCUACAUGGAUAUCAUGACUCCAGAUUUAUCAGUACCUUGCUCUGAGAAAGCUGCUAAGAAAUUGGUGCUGGGGUAUGACAUGAACUGGAGAGCAGAAAGGCCUGGUUCUGGAAGCAACCCGACUAACUGAUGAAACUGACAAAGCAUCCAGGGAGGAGCCAUCCGUGAAGCAAGGUGGGUCAGUUGCUACUGCACAGACGAGAAGAUGGUGGUGACAUGCUGUUGCCGGGCGUCCAUGGAACCUGCGGGGCUGUCGUUUUUGUCGGAUCCUGCAUUUUUUUUCUCUCUCCCUGGAAACCUGUCCACGUUCUGUAGAUGGUAAUCCAAAGCGGCUGGAGUUUUAGUACCUAUUAUACCUAGUUAAUAAUAGCAUAGAAGUUACGCAUAUUUCUCAUGGUACACUGAACCGCCAAAACGGUCCGAAGUUGGGCCCUCUGCCUUUGGUUGCAAGACCAAACAUAAACAGUGAUGGAAACCUGGAUGUUGCAACGCUUUUGAGUUGUAACUGAGCUCAGAUGAUGAAGUUUACUUCGGUGGCAUGCAUGUUCUGGGAGUUGA